AUGCCCAUAUACACAGUUCCUACUAGAAACCACACAGAUGUGCUUGGUGUUUCUUCUUUCCAAAAAAAUCCUCCACAAAAUACCUUUCCUAAAAGCAACAGGUUUGGACAGCAGCUUAAAUCACAGGGACCAGAAAAUGAAAAAGAUAAUUCUCUCUCUCUGACUAAGACCAAAGAAAUAAAUAGGACCUAUGUGAUUUCUGCCUGUAAAAAUGCAGGUGAUACUUCAGUUACAUUUAAACCUGAAGGUAGGUUAACUCUCCAGAGAAGAACUGGAGCGAGCAAAAUAUCCACUUCUAUUGAUAAACAGUUGGAGGAGAACACAGCACAAGACGUUGAAAAUACCCAAACAAAUGGAAGACUUACCCUGCAGCGACGUAUGGGGACUGGAUCAAUAGAGAAACAUAAAACCAAUAAGAACAGAGAACCUGGGAUAGAAAAUAGUGAUUCUGUUGUUGCACAGACAAACAACAAAAAUGUAUUUCCACCAGGCAUUAGUACUAACAACACCCAUUACAUUAAAUCUAGUACUCAGUUAGCUGAAGGUCAGAUGAAUGGAAAGAGAUGCUCUGAUCUGAAAAAUAAAGAUUCCCUUGCUAAUCUUAAUGGUUCAAGUGGAAAUGAGAAUAGUAAAUGUUUGAAAUAUAGGACAACUAUUGCUGAUGCCAAAAUUCAAAAUGAUGUUCCUAGAUCAGCACAUUUAAUAGCAACAAAACUUGUUAACAGGACCCCAGGGGUAAAGCUGAAUGAAAAAGAUAAUUUUAAUGAACUGACUGGAAAGGAAAGGAUACGAAAUUCAGUUGCUAAAUAUGGCAGUUUGGAAAGACAAAGAACACCUAGGAAUGGUGGUCCAACAGAAGGAAUAAAGGCUACGCCAAUGCGUGGCACUCUUCAGGAUGCCAAAAGUCCAGCUUCGUCUACUCUUAAGAACAGGACUCCUUGUCUUCAAGUUACACAGAAAAAGAACACCAAUGCAUCCAACUCUUUGUCCAUAAGUAGAAGUGCCAGGGCAGAAGAGAGUCAAAUAUUUAUGCAACCUGCUGCACUUAAAAUAGAAACUGUAGCUCAGAACACUUGCACAGACGAAAAUCCUCUCAAAGUAGAAAACAGUAAAGUGACUGUGGCUGUGCGAGUAAGGCCCUUCAGUGACAGAGAGAGAAAAGAAAAAGCAUCCCAAGUGGUCUCAAUGAGUGGCCAGGAGACAGUCGUGCGACAUCCAGAAACAAAACAAGUGUACAACUUCAUUUAUGACUUUUCAUUCUGGUCUUUUGACCACUGUCAUCCUAACUUUGCCAGCCAGAACACGAUAUAUAAGGCAUUGGCAGUACCGCUCCUAGAAAGAGCCUUUGAGGGAUACAACACCUGUCUUUUUGCUUAUGGACAGACUGGUUCUGGAAAAUCAUAUACGAUGAUGGGAUUUGGUGAAGAACUAGGAAUAAUUCCAAGAUUUUGUGAAGAUCUUUUUACUCAAAUAGCACAAAUGGACACACAACAGAUUUUGUACCAUUUUGAAAUGAGCUAUUUUGAAGUCUACAAUGAGAAAAUUCAUGAUUUGCUCAUCUUUAAAGCGGAAAAUGGACAGAAGAAACAACCUCUCCGUGUUAGAGAACAUCCAGUAUUGGGGCCAUAUGUGGAAGACUUGACAGCGAACAUGGUCAGUUCUUAUUCUGAUAUCCAGAGUUGGCUCGAGCUAGGAAAUAAACAGAGAGCAACUGCUGCCACAGGCAUGAAUGACAAGAGCUCUAGAUCUCAUUCUGUCUUCUCCCUCGUGAUGACACAGACAAAGACAGAAUUUGUGGAAGGAGAAGAGCAUGAUCAUAGGAUUACCAGUCGCAUAAAUCUAAUAGAUCUAGCAGGCAGUGAACGCUGCUCUCCAACUCAGACCAGUGAAGAGAGGCUGAAGGAGGGCGUGAGUAUUAAUAAAUCACUGCUGACUCUGGGGAAAGUUAUUUCUGCGCUUUCUGAGCAAUCGCAGAACAGAAAGAGAGCUUUCAUUCCUUAUCGGGAAUCUGUCCUUACGUGGUUAUUAAAGGAAAGUCUUGGUGGAAAUUCAAAAACGACCAUGAUUGCCACAGUAAGCCCUGCUGCCAGCAAUGUAGAGGAAACCCUUAGCACUCUUAGAUAUGCUAAACAAGCUCGUUUGAUAAUCAACACUGCCAAAGUAAAUGAAGAUGUGAAUGCUAAAUUAAUUAGAGAACUGAAAGCAGAAAUUGAGAAACUUAAAGCAGCUCGCAAAAGUGCUCUAAAUACAGAUCCUGAGAAAUAUAGACAGUAUCUGCAAGAAAUAACAUCCCUAAGGGUAAAACUCCACCAACAGGAGAGGGAUAUGGCAGAGAUGCAAAGGGCCUGGAAAGAAAAAUUUGAACAAGCAGAACAAAGGAAAUUUGAAGAAACAAAGGAGUUACAGAAAGCAGGAAUUACAUUCAAGAUGGACAAUCGUUUGCCAAACCUUGUCAAUCUCAAUGAAGAUCCCCAGCUCUCUGAGAUGCUUCUGUAUAUGAUAAAAGAAGGACAAACUACAGUUGGAAAGUACAAACCAAAUUCUCGUCAUGAUAUCCAGCUCUCUGGGGUGCUAAUUGCUGAUGAUCACUGUGUUAUCAAAAAUGUUGAUGGUAGAGUGAGUAUUACGCCACUGGGAGAAGCAAAGACAUAUGUUAAUGGGAAACACAUUUCAGAGCCAACAGUUAUGCAUCACGGUGAUCGUGUGAUUCUUGGUGGAGACCAUUAUUUCAGGUUUAAUCAUCCAGUAGAGGUUCAGAAAGUAAAAAAGCCAUCUUGUGGGACUACCCUUUCAUGUGAUGGGCCAAAAGAUUUCGAAUUUGCAAAAAAUGAACUGUUGGUUGCACAGAGGUCACAACUUGAAUCAGAAAUUGAAGAGGCACGACUGAAAGCCAAGGAAGAAAUGAUGCAAGGUAUACAGGUUGCAAAAGAGAUGGCUCAACAAGAACUUAUUUCUCAAAAAAAAGUAUACGAAAGCAAGAUAAAAUCACUGGAAGCAGAACUGAGAGAAGAAUCUCAUAAGAAACAAAUUCAGGAAAUGAAUAACCAGCAGACUACUAACAAAAUACAAGAACUGGAAAAAGCAAAGCAACAUCUUGAGUUGGAAGUACAUUUCAGCAAGAAGCGUCUGGAAAUGGAGACAUUCGCCACCAGACAGGCUUUAGAAGAUCAUACUAUUCGUCAUGCAAAGAUUCUUGAAGCUCUGGAGGCUGAGAAGCAGAAAAUUGCUAAAGAAAUAGAAACUCUCCAGCAGAAUCGUGGAAAUGGGAAUAAAACAAUAACUAUUAAGCCUAACUGGAAUUCUAUGAAACUCUCUCUGAUGAUCCAGGAGGCCAAUACCAUUAGUAGCAAAUUAGGAAAGCACACAGUCUUCUGCAGACAUGAUAUAUCAGAAGAAGGAAAUGGCACUGGACCUUCUGUUAAAGUGCUGGUUCGUAACCUCAAGCUGGAAAUUGCAACUUUCUGGAGCCUGGAGAAGUUUGAAUAUAAGCUAGCAGCAAUGAAAGAACUCUAUGAGAGUAAUGGUAGUAACAAAGCUGAUGUAUUUUAUGAUCCUGCUGACGAGUGGGAACCUGACCUUACAACUACAUCCAUUUCUUCCUUUUCCAGAAGGAGGAGCAGAAGUCUCAUGAAGAACAGGAGAAUUUCUGGAUGUUUGUCUGACAUAAAAUUGCAGCCAAUCCAGGGUCUACAUACGUCACACUUAUCAGGUUCAGUCAAUAAAUCCGGCAGCAUAUGUUCAAGUUCUUCUGAAUCAUUUCUACCUGGAAUUUGCAAAGAAUUAAUUGGUUCAGCUUUGGAUUUACUAGGACAGAAUCAUGAAGAAGAAAAGAGUAUAGCAGAUAGUCUCCUAAGUAAUUUGCUUACUAUUUAUACUGGAGUAACUGCCAUUUCAAAUGCCUAUGAACAACAAGAUGAAGAAAGUCAAGAGAACUUUUUCUCUCUUGAUCGUGCUACUCAGUCCUGCAGCAUAAGAAUUACCUCUGCCUUUGAACAACUUGUGGUUCUAACAAAACAUUGGCUUAAUAGUUUCCAAAAGUGCACUGAUUCCCUAAAAAUUGAUGAAGAAUUGAGACAGGGUGUAAAAAACUUGGGAGGUUAUUUACAAUUACUAUUGCAGGGUUGUUGUUCAGAUAUAUCCUCAAUGGUAACAGAAGCACACAACAAAAUAAUCCAAAUAGUGAAACAAGCAGGAAAACAUGUAGGACAUUUGACAGCACUUAUAGGAUCUGACCUACACCUUUCUGAAGACACCAAAGAAGAUGCAACUAUUUCACAGGAAGAUUUUAUACUUGCCAUUUAUGAUGGAGUAGGUUCAGGACUGAAGAGUCUCUUGGAUUCUGUACAGAAAAAAACAAGAGAGAUGCAGAAAGAACUUUUGAAACAGUAUCAACAAAAUGAGAUUCAAAAUCAAAUAAAGAAUAAUGCAGUGGCUUUUGCCAGAUGCCUUGAAAAUACAAUAUCUGAGUGCAAAAAGAGAGAAAUGGGAACUCAAUUAACAAAAGAAGAAUCUGCCCACCAGGAACUAAAGAAGGCAACUAAUCUUGCUUCUGAAUACUUGGAAUUAGAGCAGUGCAUAGAUAAAGUCUGUCAGAUCAUUACUACUUCAUUACAAGAUGGAAUGACCUAACCAUACAUUAAGUGGUGAGGGCUGUUGUCCGGCUUGUAGGAAAAGAACCCCCCUUAAGGGCUAGAUGGCCAGAGACUGCCUUGCUGAAGUGACUUCAGACCAGGUGAGCGUGGGGAUGCUGACCCAUCUUCCUCCCGGAAGAGAGCAGAGACUGUUUACGUCCACACUGGCGCUGGAAAAGCCCUCUUUUACCUGGACCAGGCAGAGCAGCACCCACCUCCCGCUCGUGGGUGUAGUUAAAUACCAGAUUUUGUCAUGAUCUGCUGGUUGUUACCCUAGUUGCUCCUUUCUCAAGGGGCUGGGAAGGACUUUUCCCAUCACUGACAGACUGGCCAAGAUGAAGUGGGGUUUUCUGCAUUCCCCACAAUGAGUUGGAGGCUUAGUUGGGGCGGACAUGAAACGGGGUUUAGGCUGUGAUUGUCAAACUCUAUGUAAAUGUGGGGCAGAUGUUCAAUGCAGGUACACUGUAGGGAAGGGAUAUGUGAUCAGGUAAAAUGGACUGGUAAAGGAUUUAAAGAAGGUAUUCUUUAAGGUAAUGGAAAUGUGGGGGAGGGUGUUGGGGCUACUGUGACUGGUUUGGCAGUAAAAGCCCCCUUAACCAUCAUUCAACAGUGGGGGUGAGGUCCCAGCAGUGGGUGGGCUGGGGAUGAGGAUGGUAAAGGGCAGCAGCCUCCCCAUUCUUGCUAUAUGUACAUGAUUAUGAAAUUACCUGUGCUGUAUGCUUUUUUCUGCUGGGUACUCCCAGACAUUUAGGAAUAAGGUUGCGGCCUAAUUAAACCACAUCUAGUGUCUCUGGUCUUCCUUCCAGAAUAGCCAGACAAUGCUCCAACUUUGUGUCCCUCAGUCGGCAUCAGACUGUCUCCCUUUCUCCACAACAGGGUGGGAGGUUGCUACAGUGGGAAUCAGACAAAUAAAAAAAAGUGUAGCAUUUUUCAUCUGUAGAUCUCAAAGUGCUAUACAAAAAUGUGUAAAUAUCUCCAUUUUGUAAAUGGAGACACUGAGACAGACAUUAACUGACUUGCGCACAGUUACACACUGAAUCAAUGGAAGAACUGGGAAUAGAAUCCAGGUCUAAUGACAUCUUUAUGAACAGCCCCUGUUACGGGCACAGGUUCUUUAGUUCACUUUUACUCUACAACAUCUUCUGAUCUUCACUAGGACAAUUCUUAUGUUGUAUACUCAUAAGGCUGGCCUAUAUGUGGUUUUUGUACCAAUUUAACAAUAUCCAUUUAGAAACUGAUACAAGUUAAACUAUUGCAAUCCCCCUAGUUUAGACAUGAUUAUAGUGGUACAAAGGUGCUUAAAUCAGUAUAGCUUAUUUCCAGAAUCUGUGUAUAGAACAGCCCUUAGCUACUAUGGUGAUGGGUGAAGUAGAAAUUAUUUAUUAUAUGUAUUACCAUAUUGCCUAUGAAUCCUUCACAUAGAUUAGCCCUGCAGUUUAGUUCGAGAGUGGUCUAGUAGUAAGACUAGCACUGGUCCUGGAAUUCUGCUAUUACAGUACCAGGAACCCCAACACACUAUUGUGAACUUCUUCUUUUUGAUGGCCCUUUUUUCACUGUAUCUGAGACUAGACUUUAUUCCAUACUAUUAGCUUUCAGCAAUGGUACAGGAAAGAUGAGACUUCAGUGAGAUAUACAAUACAUAAAACACAUUUAUGACACAUUGCAGUGGCAAUGCUGUGGUGGUAGGUUUAGAUGUCCAGAGAAUAAAGAUAGUUCUAUGCUACGUGAUAUAGGCAACCAAUGCUGGGUCCUCAAGGAGCAUCUACGCGUCCACAGGAGCCAUCUACAUCCAGAAGUCUACACAUCAGUGAUCCACUUUUCUCAAAUGCGCGCACACAUAUGCAAAACAUCUCUUUAGAGUGCUUUUCUUCUUCCUUCUAAUUUCUCAGCAAUCAGAUAACUCAGGCUUUCAGAGAGAAAAAUCCUCUGGCCUUUUAAUAUUCGUAAAGAAAUCCUUAAACAUUUUAUAUUCUCAUUAAAGUAAAAUGUAUUAGCAGACAAUAAUGAAAGUUCACAGCAUUGGAUAAAUAUUAAAUAAUAUUAAAAUAGUUGCUUGGAGGACAGGAUCUUGUAGAUACACUAAAUAACAAAGGAAGUUGGUUAGGACAUCAGGGAAUAAUGUGAUUUUUUUGCUGAAAGGCUUCUCUCGUGUUUAGGCUUCUGGAUAUGAAACCUAUGUAAUACCAGUAUGCUGGUAGUUGGUACUGUCACACAAUAAUGACCCUAAAUAUGGAUAACAGAAAUUCCCUGUUGUGGGAGGUCUGUGUAUUCUUAUAUCUGUUGUGGGGAAGGACUCUGUUGCAAGGAAUAUUCAAUGGGAACUUAACAAUUCUGUUGAUGAUGCGUGAGUCAGAUAAGAAUCCAUUGCUUUCCCAUAGCUGCAUUGGCUCUGCAGUCACAGCAGGAAUAAGAAGUAGUAAAACUUAUUUUUGCCGCUAAAAAUGCAAGAUAGACUGAAUACGCACAGGGAGCUGACGUGUUGAGUAAAAGUGCCAUUUUUACAGUCACUUUUCUGUUCAUAACAGCACUUGAACAGGUCUGCGUUUCUGUAAAUCAAAAUGUAUCAACAUUUCCCUUGGGAGCAUAGUGCUGUUCUUUUUAUAGCCAAAAAUGAGGUCAAUAAAAGCCAUAUUCAUACUGCAUAGUAGUUUAUGACUGAGUUAUUAGACGCUUGUUAGAUUCAUCCAAUCCUGGAAUGCAAUGGAUCCCCAGUGGCAUUAUGUUUCUUUGUAAAUAAAAAGUAAAAAGCAUAUAUUCCUUUCUGUGUGUGUGUGUACAAGUGUGCAUAUUUGUACAUCUGAUCUCCUUUCUAUUACUUCUAUAUUUCCAAAUGUUACAAUGUUCAGAGCAUAUUGUUGUACCCUAUAUUCCCAAGAAGCAAAUAUCUAGGUUCACAUUAUCUGUUGAUUUUAGUCUGUGGUUCAUCUGCUGGAAGCAAUAUUCUUUGAGUUUUUCAUAUUUUUUUUAUAUCAUAAAUGUAUAAGAAUUCCUAUUUUAGCCAAAAAGCAAGAUCAGCUCUUAUAUUUGGGUCAGGAGGGGGUGUCCUUUAGUAUGCUAAGGAACGUCACAUGCCACUGCGACAGCUUUGUUAACACAAUUCCUUCAGUCUGAGGAUAUUUUUAUUAAUUAUUUAAAUUGAAUUAGUGCCCACCAUGUGCUAUGUAUUUUCCAAAUACAGAGGAAGAUAUCAUCUCUGCCACAGAGUGCCCAAAUUUAAAAAAGAUGGGAAAGUGGUGUUAGAGCAGAGUUGAAACUCCUUGGCUUUUCUUCCCAGAUCUGCUUCUGAUAUGAUUUUAUUCCUAGAAAUACCAGCCUCAGGAAUGAUGAUAACCUGAAUCGCACCAGCUACCAGUUUGGAGGUGGGUCAAGGAGGCAAAAUCUCCCAAACAGUUUGCAGUUUGCUUCUGGAAUGUUACUUGCCCUAUCUGCUCAUCAUAGCCAUUCAUUUCAUUUUUAAUGUCUUUUUCAGAUUCGUCAGACACCAUAUUAUUAUCAUUUGUUAUUUUUAUUAUGUUAGCACCCAGAGGCCUCAACUGAGAUCAGGACCCUAUUGUACUAGUUCAUGUGUGCCCCCAUAGUAGAAGACAGUCCCUGGUCCAAAGAAUUUAUAAUCUAAAUAGACUAAGGAGGAGGAAAUAGUAGUAUUGUUAUCCCCAUUUUACGGAUGAGGAACUGAGGCACAGAUUAACUAAGAAUUGUUUCCAGGUUUCCUGUUCCAAGUGCAGUGCUUCAAUUUCAAGAUGAUCUUUCCUCUUUGCUAUGAUGAUGUUUCUUAGGUAGUCAGAUGGAGGUGCAGAAACUACUUCUCAUUCAAAUUUUAUAGCUAAAGAGGUUGCCUAAUUUAUUGUACUCCUGUUUAGCCCAACUCUUCACCUCCCCCUAUAACACUUACUUUCUAAACCCUUGUCAGCAAUUACUCUGAGAUAUUCACAAGCGUAAUUCUCUUCAAAGAUACUGGUUAAAUGCCAAAAUUGAGAUCAGAUACUUGAGUGCAUCUUGAGAGCAGUAAUAAUAUUUAAAGAGUGCCAGGAGCGUGCUGUACAUGACAUGGAAGAAGACACAAAGGGAUAAAUGCAUUAGACAGAACAAUACUUGAAGUUGAACCUAUGGCUUAUUAUAGCAGAGACCCAAUUCUAUUUUCAGUUUGAAUAAAGGGGUGCAACUCCAAUUCUGGGCUCUGUCUUAAGCAGCUGGGACUGAAUAGAUGACUGCAGCUCUCACCUUGGCUAGGAGAGGAAACUAGUGAGUUAGAGGUGAUCACUUGUUGUUCCGGGUCCCUCUUGCCAUCAUACAUGCUCUCUCUAAUUUGUUCCUCUCUCCAUGCUUUAAGUGCUUCACAGCAGGGAGAGGCAGAUGUAACCUCAGUUCCUGUCCCCAAAACUGGCCUUCUAACCAGACCACAGAGGUACAGCAAGUCAUGACAGAAGUGGAUUUUAACAGGGUAAACUUGAGACAGAUGGAGAUGGCCUGCAAAGAUGCCAGAUGGGAGAAGCAGAGCUGCCAUCCAUACCCCGGAGACAGACACUAAAGGGAGGAAGAAAGCGUAUUGUCUAGGUCCCCCCACGACACAUGGAUGAGCAAACAGGCCAUGGAGCUGAGAGCAUGACAAAAGGUAAGGCGGUGCCAAUGCUUUUUGUGGUGAUGGUUGUGCUACCUGACGAGUCUUCAACAGGACCCACAGAAGUGCCUGCAAACAUUACACUGUGUAUUUGAGUAGAUCCCAAACUCUGAAAUUUGGGGGUUCUCCUUGCUACCAUGCAAUGUGUAUCUUCACAAUGCAGAGGUAUGUACUGUGCGCUUCUGAUAUAUUUUUUGCCACUAUUAUUGUUGUGAUAAAUCAACGUUACAUAUUGAGAUGAUAUCGCGUAUUGCAUGUUGGAUCUAAUGGAGUUUUGGCCUGGUAGGAGAGAUGAUUUAAGAUUAGCCUGAAAACUGGGUCAGUUCUGAGGUCCUGAUAAUUUGAGACAUUUGUAUUAAUAAAAACCUAAAAUUCACUAGGAUGCAUAAACAACUCUCCAGUGCCUGGCUCUUAUGUGGAGUAUUGUUUCUGUGUAAAUGGUACAAAUGUUGCUGACCAUGAUCUGUGCUAUUUUACAGUAAUUUUUCACCAUCUUCAAUUUGCUGGUGUAUCAGUACAUGCUGUAUACAGUGCUAGUGUUGAUGCUAUGUAAAUAAUAGGAAUUAUCAGCUAAAGCAUGUGUUGAAGUUCUAUAAAUUGCAGGAAUAUUGGAAAGUACCCAUGCAAUUCUGUGGAAACCAGGGCAACCCUCCAAAUACUGCCACAGGACUCUAGCGCCAUUACAACAUAUGUACUCGUUUACUCAUAUAAGGAAUGAUAGCUGAAUAAAGGAGGACAUGGUAAGUUACAGACUUAUUAUAGAUGGGGGAGAUUUUUAAAAGUAGCAAAGGUAUUUAGGACCACAAGUCACAUCAAAAGUUAAGGGGACUUGUGCUUCAAGAUCCCUUUUGUGCUUUUGGAAAAUCUCCUUCUAUUUUAAACAUGACACUUCAGAGAUAUUCAUAAAGUGCAUUUAAUCCUUCCACGUGUGAUCUCAAGCAUCCAGGCUUCUGCCUAAGUGCUUUCCUUGAUACUCGACAUCAAGCUUGUCAACACAGGGCUGAAAUCUGUUCCAUGCAGCACAGCAGCAGAGGGCACAGGGGCUCUGAGUUUAUAACAGUCUCUAUUCCUUACUCUGAGUUCUGAGCCCAUUCUGACUCUUAUUACAGUUCAUGGAAGUCUUUACCUUAUUGUCCUGGAACUACAUGAAGAACUUAUGUGCGCAUUGCAUCAGUGUAUGGCCCAAUGGUUGCAAGAUAGAAAUAUGUUUACAAUAAUUUUCUUUUGGGACUCUGAUUUAUAACAUUAGAACAUCAUUAAGGUCCUGAUGCUGCAAUUGGCCUGGCGUGGGCGGACCCAGGGUCAGCAUAGGAAGGGCCUAAAUCACAUUAAUGAUGGGGAAAUUAGGGAGCAAGCCAACAAAAGAUGGGGCUGCCUGCAUGAAUGGUACUUAAAGUGAACCAGUGUGCCAUAAUUGGGUUCUGAGUAAACAUCAGGUGGUUAGUUCAAAACCUGCUUACGUAUCAGUGUUGAGCCUAGUAUGUGUAUGGUCACUGUGGAUGGGUGUCCUUUUAAAUCCUUGGUGCAGAACGUAAUUCCCAUUCAUAUCAGCGUUAACAUUAAUGGGAAGUACACGCACAUGUUAAGGAGAAAACAGACCCACCAUUAUCUAACACAUUCAGUUAUGAUUUGGUUGAUACUGUUGGUAGGUAAUUCUGUAUAUUUUGUGGCAUAAUUUUCAUAGCAUGAUUCUAGUGUGUUAAUGUUUUACAUAGUUCUAGGAGGGUGGGUUUUUUCAAUGACGCUGUCAGAGCUUAACUAUUGCAUUGGCUACACUAAAGGUUAGAUUGCAUUUCAAUAGCAAUAAACAGAUGGGAAUUUUGGUUGUCUAAAAUGAGUAUCUGUAGAAUGGCUUACAACAGAAGGCAGAGGUAGAAUGUGAUCCUUUCAUUUAGAAUGAUACAAAACAUUUUAGUAAUUGAAAUUUUAACGGAAAAUAAGAUAUCCGAAAAGAAAAGCCUGUGGCUGUUUUAACUGUUACUUCUAUUAUUUUUACAUUCCCAACUAAUUUUAAUUUUAAUAAAGUAAACAACACACUGUCCCUCUGACAUUUUCCUCAGAUGAACAAUUUUUCAAGAGGAUUACAGGGCUGAGUAGUCCGUUUUUGAGAGGUGGAGUAUGGUUUAGUUGGUGGGCCUGCUGUGAUUGGAAUUGAUUAAUGGGUGUUGUGAUAAGCAUGGAAACAGAUCAGUGGCAGCUUAUCCUGCUUUCAGCUGUCACAGCUGUGCCUCUUCACUCUUCUUCUAGCCCUAUAACACUCCCUGGCAGCCUUUAAAGUACCUCCUUCCCUGUGGAAUUUCUGCAAAUCAUUUACUCAGAUGCCAAGAUACCACAGAAGCAGCUGGUUCUGAGAAAAAUUUGUUCAGGCUUACAUAUUUGUGGAUAAGAAUAUUACUUAGGAGAAUCUCUUCCUAUAGAAAUAGAAAACAUGAAGUGUCAUACCCUCCAGAGCAGGUCAAACUAUAUUUCUAGUGGGCUGAUGCACUCCUAGUCCAACAAUUUUCAACGUUGCCACACUGAGUUUACUAGCAAGUUGACUAAAUAAUGUCACUGUUCCUGCUUGACAGGCACUGUAAAAAAUCACUGAAAGUUAAUUUUAUUGUUAAUGGCUUGAUAGAAAUAACAUUACAACCUUAUUAAAUCCUUCUAGCUGCCAUUUCUGAAGCAAUGUUCAGUAAGUUUUAUAACUUCUUCACAACUUGACAUUUUGAAUGUAGUGGGACAAUAUUUGCUUGCUUUAUUUGUUGUGAACUUUGGCCAGUAAAACCAUCAUAUAAGUCCCGGUAAAUGGCUAAGUUUAUUGUGGCGUAUGAAAAGGCAGAAUUAGGUGAGUGAGAGCUAGAAAUCAGGGUAAGGACCUGAGUCUGCAAUAUACAGUUGCUUAUCUUCACUCAUGUGAGUAGUCCCGUUGACUUCACUGGGACUACUUAGGUGACUAAAGCAUGCGUAAGUGUUUGCAGGAAUGGGGCCUAAGAGUCUCAGUGAGCCUUUCUUAUUGGCCUUGCCCCCAAAAAGGAUUGAGGAGCAUGAAUAAAAUAUGUAACUGAAUAAGCAUCAAAUAUGAGAGUAAUUGUAGCAUUGUUCUGUAUUCGUUACACUUCAGCCUUGUUAGUAUUUACAUAGUAAAUAAUAGUUUGCAGGUGAAAUACUUGGGAGUGAUGCAAUAAUUUGAUUUAAUAUUUUAAAUUGCUGAGCUCUUGUGAUCCUUCCCUUGUGGAUUCAAAUUUACCAAGAAAUGCACACUUUUUAAAAAGGAAUGCUUUUGCAUAAAUCUGGGUAGGUUAAAAUUUGAUUUAAAAGCAAAUGAUGCAAAAUAAAAAGGCACUAAUUUUUGAAUGAAUGGAUUUUGAUAUUCAGUCUGUAACUAAUUUAUCUACUCAGAGUUUGGGAUAGUCAUGUACAUGAGUACAUAUAAGGGAUUUCUUACAAAUCUAUUUAUUUAAGAGAUAUUUGGUAAUUUUCCAUUGCAUGUGCAUGUUCUGGUUGUACUUGGAUUGGUUGUUUAUAAAUGACCAACACACAUUUAGUGGAAAACUACUUCUCCAACAAACAAAUACAUUUUCUUAACUUUUUCAUUUAAAAAAAUUACUGAGAGGAGCAUAUUUAAGGAUCUUUUGUUUUAAAUUCAUACUAUUUAUUUAUUCUGCAAUUUUACCGUGUGUUAGCUAUAUCUUGUAAUGCCUCGUGUCAUACAAAAGCAAACAAAGUCAUGUUACAUUAAUGACUUGUCUGAGAUCAUAUGACUGACUGGCUAUAAUUCCAUGCCCCUUUGCUAUAAAAAACAUGACCCUGAAUCUUAAACAGCUUUUGAAUAAAAGCACCUAAAAUUAUGAUAUGGUAACAAAGUUCACGGUAUUUAUAAAUUUGCUAUUUCAGUUAUUUUCAUUUACUGGUUUGAACUUCAAUUGUCAUUUGAUUUUUACCUGAUAUUUUUAAUACAUGUUUAAAGUCGCACACAAUUUUUUUUUCCGGAGUGUACACAUGAUUAAAAUAGCAGACAGAAUUAUUUUUCCUAGCUUAAAUGUAAACAACAGCAAAAACUUAUUUUACUGUAAUAGGAAUUAAAUAUUUGUAAAGAAUUGCUUAAUUUGUUAGGUACUCAAUUUCAGGUCCAUUCAGGAACACCUUGUUUGCACAACAACCUAGUGUUGCUAAAGAAUGUGUUAAAUGAAGAUUUUAGUCAAAAUGUGACACAAGUGAUAGUGAAUUUGAUCAAAUGUUAUUCACAUGAAAUGUGAAUGUGUGGUUUUCUACAUUUUGAUCCCUUCAUGGGGGGCAGGUUCUUUAUGGCUUCAGCAUGCACUUUUGUCCUUCCUGUGAUUUCUUAUUUCAGGCUUGAUAGAGAAAGCCUCCACUGUUGUAUCAUUUCCUUCAGUGCUAACAGCUUUUAUUCUCUUCAACAAGUGUUUACAGAAAAGUGUUGAUGCUUAUUAAUCUGUUUCUUGUCUUACAAAUGUGCUUAUGCAUGAUUUGUGGUAAAAUUGGCAUUUCUGACAGCUCUCAAUGUAAUCUGCACAGCACUACAAGAUUGUUACAUUGAGCAGACGUGGCUUGGAGUUGUUAUUCUUUGUAAUUACCAUCAUUAAGUGAAAGCAUGUGUCAAUCAACUUUGUACUUUAAACAUACCAAUCAUUUGCAAGAAUCUUGCAUCUGUAUUUCAAAUAUAAAUAUAAAAUAUUCUGUUGGUUUUAAUUUUAAUGUGAUAUUGUAUUAAACAUACAAAUACUCGAAAGAAUGCUACAGUAACAAAUCAACAGGUUCAAUAAAAGGCCUCAUUUUGGGGUCAUUUGAUUAUCAUUAUUUAUUUAUUUAUUUAUUAUAUAGACAUGUCCUGCCUUUGCUGCAAUAGAAGUGGGUAUUUGCAUCUAAUUUUAACUGCUGUUGUUUACUCUCUGCUACAUAUCCUCAAAUUUACUGUGUUUCUCCAACUAUAGAAUUUGACUGCUCAUUUUUUUUCAGGGUCCUCUCAAUGAGUCUCUCACCCAAUAUCUUCUAGAAUUUUUUUUCAAAGUCUGAUUGGGGGCGGGGGGAGGGAGAAGUAGUAGUAUCAGUAGAUUAAGAUACUGUAUUUUGGGCACUAAUGCCUAAUUCAUUACCAUUGCUCAGUGCCCUCUCUCAGCUUUUUAGGUGCGAUCUUUCUCCCACUGAACUCAGUAGGAAAGCCUUGUUUGUAAGCCGGAUCAAGGCAUGAAACUACAAUUUGAGUGGCUGAAAGCAAACAUAUCUCUUAUGACACAACAAAUGACAUUAAAGGUUUGACUUAAAACUCCUUUGCUUUUGUGAGUUUGAUUUUUCUCUUGUCCUUUGCCCUUACCACAUUCUACCUACUAUAUGUAUGGCAAGGGCCUGAGGUCAGUACAUCAUGCAAUCCACCAUGAGCCUUAUCCUGUGCUGAGCACCUUCAGCUCAGGACCAAGCACGAUCAAGUUGUGCAUGAGCAACCAUAACUAGUUUAACAUGAAGUG